AUGAACUUCACCAUGGCUGUCGCCAGUAAGAAGCAGCCCGCCAGUGCGAGGCGGAGCAAGAUAGAGUUCUGGGAUGGGAUGAAGGACACCUUCAUGAUGCCCAGCAUCCCCGUCACAGGUAUAGGCAUCCACAGCCACCACAGGAACGCUCGUGACUCGCUUUUCCUUUGCUUUCCAGAGCGAACACGCAUCUGGGACGUGGUGUCCAGCUACGUUCAAGAACACCUCCUGCUGCACAAGGGGGUCCGAAUUCCCACCCUCGGCUCCUUUGAUGUGGUCCCCACGCACAUCCAGGUUGGGAACAAGAAGGUCACUGUCCAGAGGCCCGUGUUUCACCUGGCCAGGAACCUUGCGGUCCACAACCUGAUGGAAUACAAGGCCUACCUGCCUGGCAAUAAGGAGCUAGAGCCCCUCAAGUAUGCUGAGGUGGCCGCAGCCGCCUCUGUGUCGCGGCGGAAAGUGGAGAUCUGCAUCCAAGGCACCAUGUCCCUCCUCUCUCAGUGCAUGGGGAAGGGGGAGAACGUCGCCCUUGUCCUGAAGGGCAUGGGGGUGCUCCUCAUCGAAGACAGGAGAGUGCAAAUGAAUAUCUACUCUGAUUUCCUGGAGAAGAUUACUGCGAGGACGAUCCAGGAAGUGGCUGCACUCAAGGUUUUCCAGAUGCUAUCCCCCACGGUACCCAUUGCUUCCCUGACCUUCACCGGCCGCGUCAUCAUCUUUCCUGACUUUGAAUUGGAGUUUGUGCCCAAACCACCACCCAGCAGGGCCCCUCACAAGGUUGUCAGACAUGUCCCUGCUGAGGACAACAUGCAGAAGAAAGAAGAGGUUUUGUCACCUCCCAGGCAGAGCAAGAGAGGUAAAGCAGCUCCCGGCUCCCUUGCAUAG